GAGAGAGAGAAAGACAGAGAGAGAGAGAGAGAGUGAAAGAGAGAGAGAGAGGGAUUUCACAGUGGUUAUGAAUGCCACAAGCAGAUUUUUUGCAAAGAAACACAGAUGGACAAGGUUAGAAGCAGCAUAGCAAAGAACGAAAACUCACAGAUAGCAACAACCAUAAUCUCUUCAAGAGGCAAGAGUGGCACAGGCACAGCGACUGAGAACAACAGACAGAGAGAGUGAGAGGGAAAGAAAGCGAGAGGAGGAGACUGAGGAGGCUGAGAUAGGCAGGCAGGGGGGGGGGGAGAGAGAGAGACUGAGGAGGCUGAGAUAGGCAGGGAGGAGGGGGGAGAGCGAGAGAGAGACUGUGAGGGAGUGUGUGAGUGUAGGAGGGUGCGAGGAGGGGAGAGUCAGAGGAGUUCAGAGCUCUGUUACGGCAGUAACCGUGCACCUCAGCCUCUGUCCAAACAUCUGUGACAUCAGCCUGAGUCACAGGGGGGGCCAGCAUGUGAUGCCAGACCUGCGGACCGCUCCGCUCCGCUCCGCUCCGCUGUCUCCACACAGCCCAACACACACACCACUCCUCAAGCUGGACCCACGGCAAACCACUGGAUGCCACAGACCCACCACACCACACCUGAGUGCAUUGAGUGCAUGAGUCCAGUGACAUGCAGGGCCAUCAUUUUGCUCUUCACAUGAUUACCUAGAUACAACCCCUCCUCCUCCUUCAACCCAAACACACACACCGCUGCUUGUCCUCCGGUCAGCAGUGUUCUCCGCCACGUAAGUGUGUGUGGGAUGAUGGCCCUCCUGGCCAACCUUAGCAUCCCCUGGGGCACGAAGGCACUGCUGGGCUUUGCAGACAGCGCCAACCUGACAGCACCGACGCCACCCUGGCUCGAGGAUGGGCAGUCACAGGCCCCACUCUGCACGCUCUGCUGCUGUGGGCUGCUCAACCGCACCCUGGCCGUGGUGUUCAUGGUGAGCCUGGCGUUCGCCAUCGUGGUGGGAAAUGUGGUCACGCUCACCGUGUUCAUGCAGACCCGCCAGUCACGCACUCCACAGGGGUACCUUAAAGUGUCUCUGGCCAUCGCUGACAUGUUAGUCGGCGUCUUGGUCGUCCCCUUUUCUGUCUACACUGAGAUCUCACUCAUGGUGACCAGCACUCCUCCAGUGUGGUACCAGUCCUCAGCGGCACCCAUGGACGCGGCGGAUCAUAACCACGGCGGCAGCACCGGCAGCGGUGGCGGGAACCUGUCUGUGUCCUGGCAGCCGUGCAUGCUGAUCGGGCCCGUGUUCGCUGGCUGCACCUUUGUUUCCAUCAGCACCAUCUUCCUGAUGACGGUGGAGCGCAGCGUGGCCAUCCUGUGGCCGCUGCACAAGGACGCGGUGGUGACACGGCGGCGCUCGCUGAUGCUCAUCCUGCUCUCCUGGGCGGGCAGCUUUCUGCUGGCCGUGGCGCCUCUGGUGCUGAGCCGCAGCUUCACGCUGGAGUACAACCCGUGCAGCCGCAUGUGCAACUACGCACCGCUGUGGGAUGUGUCGCUGCCGCAGCCGUCCGACGCCCAUGUCAUGCUCCUCUUCCCCGCCUUCGACUUUACACUGUUGGGGGGCACACUGGUCGUCAACAUCGUCUCAUUCACCAGCAUCCGACGCUACUCGCGCAAGCGCAAGCUGCUGGCUGAGGGCAGCCUGGGCGGGGACAGUGGGGGAGGAGGGGGAGGGGGCUGGUGCCAACACCGGCCAUCCUUCUCCGACAUCAAGGCGGCCAAGACCAUCGGCAUCCUGACGUUCGCGUUCACUGCCUCCUUCUCGCCCAUCGCCGUGUUCGUGCUGGGCAACGUGGUGGGCUACGCGUGGUGCAACUUCUCCUUCUUUGCGUUCUGGAUUCUGGCUGGCAACAGCUGCUGCAACGUUGUCAUCUACAGUGUCAGGGACCAACGCUUCCGUAAGGGCGUCACCCUGCUUUUUCAGAGGGAACGUUCAAUCCCCCAAGGGGAAAAAAACUGAAACUGGUCGACCACCAUUACACCCCUUCCCCACACUUUCCCACAUUCCUCUAAACAAGACCCCUCAUAACAGGUGUCCUUCCUUUGAAAGUAUGGAAGCUGGAUAAUUAUUCUCACAUCUGUAGGGCUUUAAAUACUAUUUCAACUUCAGGGACCAUCAAAACUGAACUGUAUGGGUUGGUUACACCGUUUUUUUGUCGACAGUUCUCUCUUGAUAUUUGAGGCACAACAAUGAUGGACUUCACCCUUGCAUCUGAAAUUAAAGGGACAAUCAAAUGUGAUGUCCUGCCAUGCACAUUACAAUAAUAUGAACAUGGCUUAUUUACCUUUCUUGAAUCAUGAUCAUGUUCAUUUAAUAUUGUGUUUUUACACUACCUGUGCAUUUUUAUACUAUUAUUUUUGCUAUGAUUGUCACUCUUACAGUGAUUUUGUUAUAAACACAAAUAUAAAUGAAUGCACUAAAUGGAUUUUUCAGCUUUUCAUACAGACUCACUUGCAGUAAUCAUAAUUCAGAAUGACGUUGCAACAGAGACAAGCUAAGAUAAUGCCUUAUUGUUCAAAUCUACAUACAUGCAGUACAGUAUGUAAGCCUUCAAGAGAAAACCAACCUGCUCACAAUAUCAAAUACUGUCAUUCCUACCUAUCCUUUUGACUCAUUCUGUGAUAUUGACUGUUGUCUGAUUUAGUGGCCAAAAGCCUAUAGAUUUCUUUAUGUGUUAUAUGAUGCAAAAAUCUAAAAUAAGUCAUUACUAUGGUUAUAUAUAUAAUUAUAUUCUAUAAUAAAAAAAUAGAUACAAAAUAAAAAUGUAUUGGUUAUAUAUAUAAAAAUAUAUAUAAAUUAGGUAUCAAUAAAAUCUUUUCAGUUGAAACUUUUAAUCAGACCUUUUCACAGCUGCAACCAUGCACUCUUUUCUAGACCAUGCUAACUGUGAUAACUGUAACUGUAAGAAAAUAAGAUUUUUAUCUCUAAGUCAUGGUCAAUGCUCUUAACUGUGUAAACUAUUUUAUCAGUAUUGCAUUAUUAAUCAGAUGAUGAUCUCAGAUUUAAAAAAAUAAACACCUCAGAAAAUCAUUGCUCUCUCUGACGCGGUUCAGCCACCGACACUAACGCUGGCCGACAGCUCUGAAUGUCUUUUAGAGCAGCCCAACUGAAAGUCUCCAGCUCAGCAGUCGCGUUUGCAACAGAAACAUGCCAUUAAAACGCAUUUCACCUUCA